AACAAUUUGGAACAAUAGGGGCUGGCAUAGAAAAAUUCAUCUCAAAGGGCAAAGAGUUUUUGCGGAAAAGGGCACUUUUGCCAGUUUUGAGUAAAACUAAAAGGCCAUACGUCAAGUGGAAUUAAUUGAAGAAACAGUUGCUUUCAAGAAGCAUAAAAUUUCAAGGGCACUUACUAAGGCAAAGAGGGAGGGCACCGUGGCAUUUACCUCCAUCAAUUUUGAGUCCUCGAUCAGGGUUAUAAAGAUGGUGUGGCCCCCAGACUGCCGAAAAAAGAACGACAAAGAAGUCGAGGAGAAUGUGGAAAGAGGGAAUUGGUCUGGAAAGGUGGAAUUCUUUCUUUCUUGUUUAGGUUAUGCUGUGGGACUUGGAAAUAUAUGGAGGUUCCCUUACCUGUGCUAUCGGAAUGGUGGAGGUGCUUUUCUUUUCCCGUAUCUGUUCUUCCUGGCAAUAUGUGGAUUUCCGCUGUUCUUCCUUGAAGUAGCUUACGGCCAAUUUUCAAGCCUGAGUCCCAUCAAGGCAUGGCGGCUCAGUCCUUUGUUCAAAGGAGUGGGUUGCGGCAUGGUAGUGAUCUCAGCGGUUGUUGGAAUAUAUUUCAAUGUCAUCCUCGCCUGGACUCUUUUCUACCUCGGGAAGUCCUUCACUACUGCCUUGCCAUGGACAACAUGUGAUAACGCCUGGAACACCGACGCUUGCGUCGUAAGGAACCGGAAUAACACUUGGCUCUUCGACUCUGAAGGAAGGAAUGCCACCAAUGGAACACUUGCUCAUCUUUCCGACAUUGCAUUUGAUCUCCCCGCUUAUGAUAACGGGACCGAUCUUUCAAUUCCUUUGCCAAUGAAGACAGUGUCCCCAAGUGGAGAGUUUUGGGAGCGACAUGUGCUCCAGGUGACGGGUGGCAUCGAUGACAUUGGUGGUAUGCGAUGGGAGCUUUUUAUAUGUCUUGCUGCAGCCUGGGUUGCCACAUGGUUAUGCCUAAUAAAAGGCGUUAAGUCCUCAGGAAAAGUUGUUUACAUAACAGCAGUAUUUCCCUUUGCUGUCCAGUUGAUCAUGCUCUUUCGAGGGGUGACGCUGCCGGGUGCAAUAGAAGGAAUCAAAUACUUCAUCAUUCCGCAGUGGGACAAGUUACUCAGUUUUAAGGUUUGGGGUGAUGCUGCUAUGCAGAUUUUCUACUCAACCGGUGCUGGAUGGGGUGGUCUCAUAACCAUGGCCAGCUACAACAAGUUUCAUAAUAACUGUUACAGGGACGCGGUUGUUAUCUCCAGUCUUGGAAGUGCGUUUAGUAUCCUGUCAGGUUUCGUCGCUUUCUCCAUCAUUGGAUUCAUGGCUCACGAAACUGGUGCCGACGUGGAUAAUGUCGUCGCUCAAGGUCCUGGUUUGAUCUUCGUGGUGUAUCCUGCCGCCCUGGCCAGACUUCCAGGAGGACCAGUCUGGUCUGUUCUCUUCUUCCUCAUGCUGUUCACAGUGGGUUUGGAUAGCCAGUUUGGCGGCAUAGAAACAGUUAUAAGCACGAUCAUCGACUACUACCCCGGACACCUCAGCCGAGCUAAGAAGAUGUUGAUCGGUGCUCUGGUGUGCUUUGUCCUCUUCCUCUUUGGUAUUCCUUGUAUCAUGCAGGGAGGUGUCUAUGUGCUCAACUUGAUGGACUGGUACAGCGCCAGCUUCUCUAUCAUGAUCAUAUUCUUCACGGAACUCAUGGUCAUCUCCUGGAUUUACGGUAUCAAUCGAUUCAUGAAAGACAUUGAACUGAUGAUUGGUCAUCAGCCUCACCACAUCUGGAAAAUCAUCUGGGGAGGUAUCACACCAGCAGCGACUAUUUUUGUGUUCCUUUUCAGUGUCAUUAUGCAUGCACCGGUGACCUAUGGUGGUUACGUCUACCCCAAGUGGGCUGUUGGAGUCGGCUGGUUGUUUGCCCUAUCCUCCCUCAUGCCUAUACCAAUCUUCAUGAUAACUAUCUUAGCAAGUGGAAAAGGAAGCUUUAUUGACAGACUCAAAUACUCUGUCAAGCCUGCACCAGAGUGGGGCCCAGUAUUACCAGCGUACAGGGAGCAGUAUAUCGCCUCUCUGCGUGGGCCACGGAGGGCAAUGGUUCGACCUGAGAUCAGUGCAGAGGACGGAACCGCUUUGACAAAACUUAAGAAGGACAACGUGGCAUAAAAAACACGGAGCGCAAAUCCGUUUCAGACUGUCUCUUUUGCCCUCUACUGCUCGAAAAAUCUAUAUACCUCAAUAAAAACAGUCCACCGAAAAUACGAAAUACGAAAUUUUACGUUCAAUCUAAGCAAGACCAUUCCCGCAACAUGUUCAAUUUGAAUGUUGUCCUGUGGUGCGCAUGUGGUCAUGACGUCAUGUUCCGGCUUGACAUUUCUCUAUUUCGCACGCAGUAAUUUGUCAACCGGUCUCAGGCCAGUGAAACUGGAGUGUUUUUGUUAGCAUGAUCAAUGGUGGAAAAUAAUGAUACAUAUAGUUCAUUAAAGCUGUUCUGUGUCGUUUUUAGUCAAUGCUGAUCUUAUCACCAGUAUCUUCAAGUUAUGACGGUCUAUCGGAACCAAUCAAAAUCUAGGGAGCGUCUUCGCGGUAAAAAACCUGCGAGAGAGCCCUCUAGGGUCGAGAUUUGGAACACAUUUGAACAGCAUAAAGUCGAUGUGGUGAAAGAGAUGAAUUGGGUUGGAGUCAAUUUGGAGGUUUUUCCAUUUCUGAAACAGUGCACGCCGACUCAUACGUGACUCUUUUCUCGUAAUAUGGUAUCCUAAACCGCCUCAGGAAAGGUCUUCAAAUAAACGUUUCACGCGGCCGCGUUUUGAAAUUUCACUAGACGUUCCACAGGCAUCUGACUUGAGGCAAUAAUUGUCUAAAAGUAUCAUUGUAUCAACAGGUAUGCCUGUGGACAACGCUAUAUCGGGAUACAUCUAUCAGAAUACAAUAAGGCUGAAUA